AUGUCACUCUCCCGUCUGCACAAAUUCAAGCUCUUCGCUGCAAAUCGUAGCUUGGAGGCAUCCGCCGGCGGAAACCCCGCGAUGAGUCCGACGAAGAGCCCUGUAUUUCAUCUCCGGCGACGGAAAACCCUGCGGAUGCUAUUCGAUAAGAGCUCCGACAGUCGCAGACGGAAUCUCCGUCAGAUCCUCGAGGAAUCUUCGGAAUCGGAUGGGAAUUCCGGGAAAAAGAAGAGGGGAAACCACCGUGGUAGGCGUGAAUUGAAAGAGCUCUUGGUCACAUCGCCGUUUAAAGGUGGAGAUGAGAUAGACGACGGUGUAGAAGCGAGAAGCGUGCUUUCGCCGGUAAUCGUCGGCUCCGUUAAUUCGAACGGUAACGGCAGAGAGUUAACGUCUCGGCGAUUGGGUUAUUCCGGUUCGGUUCAAUCAUUUCGGUUAAGGAUUUUGAGAAAACCUUGGCGACCAGUCCUGGUUUCUAUUCCUGAACAAUAA